AUGGAUUUGUAUGACGAAAUGUACGAAAUUAAAAAUGGCCGCGAGAUUGACGACAGUCCGCCGCCGGAUCUGGACGUUUCCGGUUCACUGCAGUUCAUCAACCAGGAGGACGACGAAGACGACGAGGACGAGGAAGAUGCUCCGGAUGGACGUGAACAGAGGAAGGAAAGUUUCAAUGAAAGCCAUCCGAUGAGUUUACUGGAGGAAGGCACAAAAGUGGGCCGUACUGCUGGAGCUGAGCCGAACUCGAAACGUGAACAGCUGCGUAAGAACGAUUCCCUUACAGACAGCAGUGCCAGCAUGUCGGACGACGAGAAGGAACCGAUCAAGAAGCUGGUCGAGGAGAAAGAAUUUAAUCCGAAGCUGUACGAAAACAUCGACGCACCGGGCGAGGUGAAGGAUCUGUUCCAGUAUAUCUCGCGCUACACGCCGCAACGGAUCGCGAUCGAGUUUAAGCUGAAGAUCUUCAUACCGGAGUUCAUCCCGGCCGUCGGUGAUAUUGAUGCAUUUCUGAAAGUUUGCCCUCCCGGGCCGGUGAGUGAGAAGAAAAGCCAAAAGUUAAAUGGACACAUUCAAAAUUUGGGACUAAUGAUACUGGAUGAACCGUGCGGGGAUCAGAGUGAUAGUGUGCUGUUGCAAAUGAAGCUACGAUCGAUAUUUACUAAACCGAUCGAAACACCGUCCGCGAUCGUGCGCAGCGCCCGGGACAUUGAUCGCUGGAUAACCGAGAUACAGGCACUGCGUGCAAGCCAAUCGAUCCAGAGCGUUAACGCACACAAGCAACCGAUCGUCAACAUUGACAGCUUGAUGUCCGAAUGGCCGGAAGAGAUGGAGCGAACGCUCGAUACGCUAGGCUUUCCAUCGGCCAAGCUGGAUUGCAGUUUGACGAGCUAUAUAAAGAUCAUAUGCAACAUGUUCGACAUACCGCUACCGGCCAGUGAGAACCAGUCCGAUUACAUCUACGCACUGUACAAUCUGUUCAACCUGUUUCUGGCCAUUAAGCAACAAAACAGCUUAUAG